AUGGCUUUCUCACCCACAGCUUCACCAUUCUCACACCUCCAAUCUUCGUCCCUUCUUCCCAUUUUCAGACUACAACACCCUCUUCUUCUCUCUCCUUCUUCUCCUUCUCCUUCUUCUUUCAAUGCAAAACGCUUUGACAGCCGUCGCAUCCGCAUUCGUGUUACCGCUUCUGCAACUGCCACUAUCGAGUCUGGAAAUGGCGCUUUAGUUACUCAAGAAAAUAACUUGGACUCCAUUUCCUAUGGAAGGCAGUACUUUCCUUUAGCUGCUGUUGUUGGCCAGGAUGCUAUUAAAACUGCUCUGUUGCUUGGGGCUAUAGACCGCGAAAUUGGAGGAAUUGCUAUCUCCGGAAAGCGUGGAACAGCCAAGACAGUAAUGGCACGUGGAUUGCAUGCAAUUUUGCCACCCAUUGAAGUAGUCGUUGGUUCAAUGGCAAAUGCUGAUCCAGCCUGUCCCGAAGAGUGGGAAGAUGUUUUACCUGACUGCAUGGAGUAUGAUUCUGCUGGUAAUAUCAAGACUCAGAUUGUCAGGUCUCCUUUUGUUCAGAUUCCACUUGGAGUCACAGAGGACAGACUCAUUGGGUCUGUUGAUGUCGAGGAGUCUGUGAAAACAGGAACCACUGUUUUCCAGCCAGGCCUUCUUGCUGAAGCUCAUCGAGGUGUAUUAUACGUUGAUGAAAUUAAUCUUUUGGAUGAGGGUAUUAGUAAUUUGCUUCUUAACGUAUUAACUGAAGGAGUUAAUAUUGUGGAAAGAGAGGGAAUCAGCUUUAGGCAUCCAUGCAAGCCUCUCUUGAUUGCUACUUACAAUCCGGAAGAGGGUGCUGUUCGUGAGCACUUACUAGAUCGUAUUGCAAUUAAUUUGAGUGCAGAUCUUGAAAUGAGUUUUGAUGACCGUGUUGCAGCUGUGGGUAUUGCAACAGAAUUUCAGGAACAUAGUUCUGAAGUCUUUAAAAUGGUUCGAGAAGAAACAGAAUAUGUAAAAACUCAGAUCAUUUUGGCAAGAGAGUAUCUAAAGGAUGUCGUUAUAAGCAGAGAACAAUUAAAGUACCUGGUUUUGGAAGCUCUUCGAGGUGGUUGCCAGGGGCAUAGAGCUGAGCUAUAUUCUGCUCGUGUUGCAAAAUCCUUAGCUGCUCUAGAAGGACGAGAAAAAGUUAAUGUUGACGACCUGAAAAAAGCUGUAGAACUGGUCAUUCUUCCUCGUUCAAUCAUCACUGAGAACCCACCAGAACAGCAAAAUCAACAGCCUCCACCUCCACCACCUCCUCCACAAAAUGAAGAAUCCGGGGAAGAGCAAAAUGAGGAGGAAGAACAAGAGGAUGAAAAUGAUGAAGAAAAUGAUGAAGAGAAUGAACAAGAGCCUCAAAUUCCCGAAGAGUUUGUCUUUGAUGCAGAAGGGGGUUUGGUGGAUGAGAAGCUUCUUUUUUUUGCACAACAAGCACAGAGACGCAGAGGGAAGGCUGGGAGAGCAAAGAAUGUUAUAUUUUCAGAAGAUAGAGGUCGAUAUAUUAAGCCAAUGCUUCCAAAGGGCCCUAUAAGGAGAUUAGCGGUUGAUGCGACCCUUAGAGCUGCUGCACCGUAUCAAAAGUUGCGUAGGGAAAAGAACACUCAAAGUGGUAGGAAAGUGUUUGUGGAAAAAACUGAUAUGAGAGCGAAGAGAAUGGCACGAAAAGCAGGAGCACUGGUUAUAUUUGUUGUUGAUGCAAGUGGAAGCAUGGCAUUGAAUAGAAUGCAGAAUGCAAAAGGUGCAGCACUCAAGUUACUCGCAGAAAGUUAUACAAGCAGAGAUCAGGUUUCUAUCAUUCCUUUCCGUGGAGAUUCUGCAGAAGUUCUUCUGCCUCCUUCUAGAUCAAUUUCAAUGGCAAGAAGACGUCUUGAGAGACUUCCAUGUGGUGGAGGUUCUCCCCUUGCCCAUGGUCUGACCACGGCUGUUAGGGUUGGACUAAAUGCAGAGAAGAGUGGUGAUGUUGGACGUAUCAUGAUUGUUGCAAUAACAGAUGGUAGAGCCAAUAUAUCACUAAAAAGAUCCACUGACCCUGAAGCUGCUGCUGCUAAUGAUGCUCCAAGACCGUCGUUGCAGGAGUUGAAGGAUGAGAUUCUUGAGGUUGCUGGUAAAAUCUACAAAUCAGGGAUGUCCCUCCUUGUCAUCGACACUGAAAAUAAGUUCGUUUCAACUGGUUUUGCUAAGGAGAUUGCCAGAGUGGCUCAAGGAAAAUAUUAUUACUUGCCAAAUGCGUCAGAUGCUGUAAUCUCAGCUGCAACAAAGGACGCUUUAUCAGCCCUGAAAAGCACAUGA